AGGAUGUCACUGUGUAGGAUUCACUUGAAGAAACUUGUUUGUCAAGCUGCCAAUCAAGGACUACCUUCCUUUGGGAGACACCCUGGAUUUUUCAGUCAGUGGUUUAAGGUACUGAGUCCACAGCCAUGGAACCCUGCAGCCUGUGUGCAGACAGGAGUGCUGGUGGCUGGAAUAAGAUUGCACUGCACUGCUGAUCAGGGGCAAAGAGGACAGCCCAUUGUAAAGAAAAAAGAAAACCCCAAUGCUAAAAAGGUUAUUGGAAAUGUGGGAAGAUUAAUCCCUUAUAGCUCUAUCCAAGUGAUAAGUGAAAAUGGAGAAGACAUGGGCAAGAUGAGCAGAAGGAAAGCAAUACAAACCAUGGAAGAGCGUGGCCUAAAAUUGGUAAUGUUCAGAGAAAAUGCCGAUCCUCCAAUAUACAAGCUGAUGACUGGCAAACAACUCUUUGAAGAGCAGACCAAGUUGCGGGAGAAGCAGAAACUCUCUUCUGGCCACAGUUAUGUUCAGACUAAGGACAUGUCUUUCCUUGCCAGUAUUGAGAAAAAUGAUUUAGAUAUAAAAAAGAAACAAUUGGUACAGUGGAUUGAAAAGAAAAACAUCAUGUGCGAAUUACUGUCAUCAAACGUCGUGCUGAAGAUGGUCCAGGAAAAGAGGAUGUUUUGCAGAAUGUACUGGAAUUCCUGCAGUAUCAGGCUAUCUGCUCUUCACAACCUAAAGAAAGGAAAGACGGCCGGGCCAUGGUUUGUGUCCUACGUCCUUUGUCCGCAAAAGAGCUACAAAAGCUGAAAAAAGAAGUACAAUCCGAAAAUCAGACAGAACCAAUUGCCAGACUGAACUCCAAACAUGAACAGAGUCCAGAUACAGUGCUAACCAAUUCAUAA